AUGCCCAGCAGCCUCUCAUACAACGUCUAUUCUCGAAGGCACAAGCGAGGGAAGAACAUUGAAGUGGGAGACGUUGUAGUCUUUGAGAGCCCUAUCUUCCUCCGUGGCGUUGCCUGCAAACGUGUCAUUGGCAUGCCGGGGGAUUAUGUCCUCCGCGACCCUCAUCUCUCUCCUACCGUGGGCGGCGCUCCCAUCCCGGGCUUAUAUGAGGGCAAUGCUGUCCGAGAAGAACCUGUCAUGAUACAAGUCCCAGAGGGUCACGUGUGGGUAGCUGGAGACAAUCUGUCCUACAGCAGAGAUUCCCGAUUCUAUGGUCCCCUACCCAUGGCUUUGAUUACGGGAAAGACUCUGUAUGUUGGCGACGGAUAUCUGAAUUGGAAAUCUUUCCGCACACCGCAAUUACAACCGGUCACAGUCUCUGAAGAUACGACGCAUGCACCGGUGGAAGGAGAGGUGGCCCUGAAAGACACCCAAGCGACUUGA